AUGGCUGAUUGGAAAUAUCGCGGCCUACACGGCCUGUGUCAAUGUCGAUAUGAAACAUCGGAAGUUCCCUACAAAUCACUCAAUGUUGUCCACGAUGACCUAAUGAGUAGUGCCUUACUAGAUUUUCUUUGUUGUGCAACAGAGGAGAUUAGAAGCCAGGAUAAUGAGGGAAUGUAUGAGGUGACAAAAUUGUCGGGAUUAAUGUCGAAAAAUUUCUCCUUGCGAAUUACUUUUCUGCGUGGCGGGAUUGUGCUAGAAGUUCCUUCUGGUGAGGAGUCGACGGCUAGAAUUAUCACUGGAGAGAAUGAUGAAGCAGACACAUAUUACUGA